AUGCGUUUCACCUACAUUGCCACUGCUCUCUUCGCCGCUGGCGCUGCCAACGCCCAGAUUGACAGUGCCAUCGCCUCCCUCACCUCUGUCGUCGGCAGCCUUCCCUCCAACGUUGCCUCCGACGUCGAGAGCCUUGCCAGCCGUAUCACCUCGGCCGGUGGUGCCGUCCCCUCCAACGCUGCCUCCUUCGCCUCGAGCGUCGGUUCCCAAAUCACCUCGGGCGUUGCUGGCCUUCCCUCUGAUGCCGCUUCCCGCUUCUCCAGCAUCGCCUCAAGCGCCAACGCGGCCGCCUCAUCUAUCCGCUCCGAGGCUGAGUCUGCUCUCAGCUCCGCUACCGCAUCUCUCGGCUCCGCAGCUUCUUCUGCCACCUCAUCCGCUGGUGCCCAGCAGACUGGUGCUGCCAACCAGAACGCUCUCCCCGCCAUGGGUGCCGCUGCCGCUGGUAUCUUCGCUGUUGCCGGCCUCCUAUAA